CUCUCUCUCUCUAGCCAAAUUAGGUUUCAGUGAGCUCAAAUCAUGGUGACAAAGAAGUCGAACAAAGUGUCAGCGUGUCAAGCAGCAUCUCUAAAGAAAAUAUUAAAGAGAUGCUCAAGUCUUGGAAAGAAGAACCAAGGUAACGACGUGCCAAAAGGUCACUUCCCGGUCUACGUUGGUCAGUACCGGAGUCGUUACGUGGUGCCAAUCUCAUGGCUAGCUCAUCCUGAGUUUCAGUCACUCCUCCAACUAGCUGAGGAAGAGUUUGGGUUCGAGCACGACAUGGGUCUUACUAUCCCUUGUGAUGAAGUUGUCUUUCAAUCACUCAUCUCCAUGUUUUGAUAGAACUCGAUCUAGAGAGAGACUAAUUUAGCUCAAUUGGGAAUCUCUCAAGAUUAUAAUCUCUUUUAAGGUUCUUAAGGGACGUUUGAUCACAUUGCCACCUGAUCUAGACUCGGAAGAUCGAAACAUUAAACUUAUUAUUAAGAAAAUCGAGAAACAGUAUAUAAAUAAUAUGAUUUAGUUCUUUUCUUUGCUAAGAAGACGGAAGCAUAUGGCGGCCUGCGGGGAUCGCGUCAAGCAUCGACUCAAGAUUUGUGGCUAUAGUGAUGUAUAUAUAUAUAUCAGUUUUUAAAUCAAUCACUCUCUUAGGAUUCUUAUUUCUUUUUUUUUUCUUCUAUAUGUGAUAUCGGGUUCUUGUCUAUUUAUUUUGAAUCUUUUGAACAUGAGUCUGGGUGAAUGAGUUUUUCCUUAAGUCAGCGUGUAUUGUUGACCGUUGGUUUUUGAGAGGAAUAGCUAGUUUAUUUGUAUGAAGUUUAAAUCAAUAAAUUAGUACAAUAUAACCUCUUUAAAUUAAUACUCUAUAAAUUAAUAUAUAGUAAAAAAUUUUAUAAAAUAAUAUAAUUUUAUAGUUUUAAAUUAUUUUUGCUACAAUUAGUAUAUCGAUAAAUUAAUAAAAAAUUAUAGUUUUUAUAUAGUCUCAACAUUAUUAAUUUAUAGAGAUUUUACUGUAUACUAAUUUUCUAUUUGUCCUACAAAAUUUGAACUUUAGGUUACAAAAGAAAUACUGAUUAGAAAGAUAGUCGUGAACGUUUUGACUGCGAGUUUUUUUUGUAUGCAAACAUAAGAGAAAAACUAGUAAAACCAGUUGUUUUUCAUUGUUUCUGCAAGUUAUAUGUGAAACGUUAAAUGCAAAAUCCAUGAUAAAUGGCGAAACCCUGUUCGAUUCUAACUGGCCAUCCGGACUGUUUUAAAUGGUAAGAAUACAUGGCUACUGUGGGUUUCGUGGAACAAGUCGGUUAACCUCAGUCGCCGGAUCCCACGAAUAUA